CACGGCGGCAGAGGACGCCCUCACGGACCUGAAGGAGGACAGACUCUAUAAAAACGCGGCUCUGUGUUUCUCAGUGUCAGUGGGAAUCCUCCAGUGCCUUCGGUCCUCCGCAACCCUCCGCGCGACCAUGCGGCAGCCGGACGCACUCGGCCGUGGAAAGUAUUACGCACGGGACAUCAUCGAGGCGCUGCACUUUAUCAUCGAGGCGAAUAAUGAUUUGAAGGUUUCCCCCCUGUUUCUGGACGCUUUCUGCUGAGACUCUCUCUCUCUCUCUCUCUCUCUCUCUCUCUCUCUCUCUGGAUAUCUGUCACAAGGAAAACAAACAUCUUUUGGAUGUCCAGCUGCACCGAGAAGGAGAUUAGAGCUAUGAAGUGCCUCGCUUAACUGUGGACACCAUGACCGUCAGAGUUCAGUGAUGUUAGCUCUGAGCCACUACAACUCCUCAGCCUCUCCGCUCCUCUCUCAUUUCUCUAAUGACAGCGGAGGGAAGGUGGAGGCCAGGGUGGCUUUUGAAGGGCUGUCGCAGCAGGGGAACUUCACGUUGGUGCAGCCCACCACCAGCGGCGUCAUUGUCGUCAUAUUGUCCAUGACGCUGGGCAUCAUCUCUAACAUUGUGGCCAUCUUCAUCCUGGCCAACGCCUACUGCCUCCAGCGCAGACGCUCCAAGGCCACAUUCCUUCUGUUUGCCACUUCACUCGUGGUGACGGACUUCAUUGGCCACGUGAUCCCUGGCGCCCUGGUCCUGCGACUCUACCUCCAUGGAGGUGUGCGUCCGGAGGACUUCAACUCUUCUGAUGGCAUGUGUCAGUUCCUGGGUGGCAGCAUGGUGUUCUUCGGCCUGUGCCCACUCUUCAUGGGCUGCGCCAUGGCGGCCGAGCGCUGCCUGGGCGUCACCCGGCCGCUGCUGCACUCAUCCCUGGUCACCAAAACACGGACAAAGGUCUGCCUGUCUGUCAUCUGGCUGGUAGCCCUGUGUGUGGCCAUGCUGCCCUGCUUCCACCUGGGCUCUUACUCCUACCAGGACCCAGGGACCUGGUGUUUCAUCAAAGUGCUCAGUGACACGGAGGAGGUGGACGUGGCAUUCGUGGUGCUGUUCUCUGGACUUGGUCUGACCUCGCUUGCCGUGGCGCUCGUGUGCAACACCAUCAGUGGAAUGACGCUGGUGCUCGCUCGGCUCAGGAGGCAGCCCGGCUCCCAUCGCUCCGCCAAGUCCCACGACAUAGAGAUGGUGGUGCAGCUGGUUGGCAUCAUGGUCACGUCGUGCAUCUGCUGGAGCCCUCUGCUGAUCUUUGGCCUGAUGUCCGUGAUCCGCUCCUACAUGGGAUCCAUUGGGGACGACCUGUCCAACUAUAAAACCCUGAUGGUGAUGGGCGUGAGGCUGGCCACGUGGAACCAGAUUCUCGACCCCUGGGUUUACAUACUGCUGCGCCGCACCGUCCUCCGCAAAAUCUACCUCAUCGCUAAGUGCCAAGUGGGCCUGAGGGGCAGCAUGUUAGGCCGCUGGGAGCCCACGUCUUUCCCCAGCUCUGACAAGAAGGAAGUCAACCAUGUGUGAGCUGAAAGAAAGGACUGACAUUAAUACUUUGCGGUUGAACUUUGUCAGCAGGUUAUUGAACAUAUGAAGAACUCGGUGUGCAAAAGACAUUUAGAUGGAGGGAGCCAAGUAGCAGCAGAUGAAAAGUACACACUUUGUUGCUGUGAUAGCGGAGCAAACCAGUAUAGAUAUCGAAUUUGGAUUAUCCGCUGAAGUAUUGUUUAAGGGAUUCAACCAAAACGUCUCCUUCAUCCAUCCAUAAAAAUUUAACAGUGAGUUCUUUGUCAGACCGUACAAAUGGAAGCUCGCUAAUGCUGUGAUUUUGCACAAAGUACCAUGAACUUUAAACUGUUUGCUUAUAAUAAGUGAACAUAUUGUUAUUAUAUCCUCAUUUGGAAACUCAUAACGACAAAGGGCAAAGAUGUAGGCAAUAUUAACCACGUUGCAGAGGGCUGCAGGAGUGAUAUUUAAAAAGGGACUGAAUAUUAUUUGAUUUUAUUUCUCAACCUCUUUGUAAGUAAACAAACAAAUUGCACAGUGACUUGCUCUUACAUCAGACAAAUGUGGAAGGAUUGAGCUGUAUAACCAUCAGAGGGAGCUCCAGAGUUAAACCAGAAGUAUUUACAGUAUAUUUGUAAUUCUCAGUACUCUGCUGAAUGUACUUCAUAAAGGAAUGUUAAUAUUCAAAUACUGUGGAGUUUAUGAAUGUUUAAUUAUGCUUUUCAUGUGUUUAUACAGUUUUAUAAUUUUAUAAGUUAAUACUUGAACUCCACCCUCAAUUUACUGAGGAGGUGUAAAUAACAUUGAAUGUAAAUAAAACAAAGUAAUGUGACGUGUACAUAUAACCUGCACUCUGUAUUUAUUUUGACUUAUUAUCUUUUACAUGAUUUUCCUAACAGAUAGGCCCGUGUGGAGAAGGAGGAUAUUCU